CGGUUAAACUCUUUCCUGUCGUGCUUGGUUACAACUAACAGAUGAACUGUCAGGAGGAUCACACCGGCCCGAUGAGGGUGCUGGUGACAGGAGGGUCCGGCCUGGUUGGGAGGGCCAUACAGCAUGUGGUCAAAGAGGAAGGAGGAAGCAAAGAUGGGGAAGAGUGGAUAUUCCUUUCGUCCAAAGAUGCCAACCUCAUGAACAUGGAGGAGACGCGGGCGGUGUUUGAGAAACAUCGACCCACUCAUGUCAUCCACCUGGCUGCUAUGGUCGGAGGGCUUUUCAAGAACAUGAAGUUUAAUCUGGACUUUUGGAGGAACAACAUCUACAUCAAUGACAACGUGCUGCAGGCGUCACAUGAAGUGGGCGUGGUCAAGGUGGUUUCCUGUCUAUCCACCUGCAUCUUUCCAGAUAAAACCUCCUAUCCCAUCGAUGAGACGAUGAUCCAUAACGGACCACCUCAUGAGUCAAACUUCGGCUACGCCUAUGCAAAGAGAAUGAUUGACGUUCACAACAGGGCGUAUUUCCAGCAGCACGGACGCUGCUACACAGCUGUUAUCCCCACUAAUGUGUUCGGUCCUCAUGAUAACUUCAGCAUCGAGGACGGUCACGUGCUGCCAGGUCUCAUCCACAAAGCUUACACUGCUCAAAAGGAGGGGAAACCUUUGGUGGUCUGGGGAUCCGGCACUCCCAGAAGACAGUUCAUUUACUCUUUGGACCUGGCUCGUCUCUUCCUGUGGGUCCUGAGGGAUUAUCCAGAGGUUGAUCCGAUCAUCCUCUCUGUCGGCGAGGAAGAUGAAGUGUCCAUCAAAGAAGCAGCAGAAGCCGUUGUAGAAGGACUGGGCUUUAAAGGAGAAGUGGUGUAUGAUACCAGUAAAGCAGAUGGCCAGUUCAAGAAGACGGCCAGUAAUGCAAAGCUGCACCAGUAUCUACCAGACUUCACCUUCACACCGUUUAAACAAGCUUUGAAGGAAACCUGCGAUUGGUUUGUCGCCAACUACGACACGGCUCGCAAGUGAAAACUCUCCCAAAAAACAAGCGGGCACAAAGUCUGUCGACACAACGACCCGUUCUGUUGACAGAGGAGAAGAAAAGCGAGAGAGAGAGCGGAGGAGGUGGUGUUGGCAGAUAUGGAGACAGCAGCAGGAGGAAGAAGAAGAAAAGGUGGCAGGAAGUCUAAAAUGAAUGAAGUCUGUCAGCAUGAAUCUGUCCGUCGCUCCCGUCUGUGCACUCAGUGAGCUGGACUGAAUAUCUCACUGUCUGCAACAUUAUAUUGUAUCAGAUUAUGAAUCAUGUUGUAGACUUUUUCUCUUUGGGUACAAUACUAUUAAUACCUGUUAGCAUUGUUUUUCUACCACCUGUAUGUAGGAUUUCCAAUUUUUUAUUCACUAUGGUAGUGUUGAUCAUCUUGGUUGUUAUUUGACUGCUUCAAUCUGGGAAUACAAGGUCUGGUACAUUUCUUUUAUUGAUAUUCUGUGUAGUAUUGAUUAUUUACAUCACUGAGUUAUCUUUAUUCUUUUAAAGGUUUGGAGCCACAGAGGAGAGAACCUAGCAUUAAUAUAAAUGAGAGAAAAAUGCAGUAGAGAGUCAGUGAGCUGAAAUGAAACAAGUCCACAUGAAAUUAGGUAAAUAACAUGAAGAAACAUUUAAUUUAUUUCAGGAGGGGCGUCCCACUAACCCCUCCAAGCCAAAUACUGAGUGGAUAGUUCAUUAUAUAGACAUCAUAGCCUUAUUAGAGUCCAAAUAGCUCGUUUAAAAGCAGCUUCUGAAUACAGGCUAUGUGUAUUUCUCCAUGGGACUGACCGUUUUGAUACUUUCACAGUAUUUAUAUAAAAAGCUAGACCUGCUUUAAUAUCAAAAAGAA